GUGUGAAGCGUGACCCUCACCUCGUAUGGAAGCAAAAACACUUCACGCCGAAGUCACAUCUCAGUCCAUGUCCUCCAGAAAAGGCGCCGUUAUCUGCUCUUCCCCCACCCCCGAAGAAGUGUUUGUAGUCCGUCUUAGGACGGUCCUCCACCUUCCAAAUCCCGGACCCGCUCACUAUAACUCAGUGUUCACAUUGGCCAACUUCAGGUCCGCCACUAUCCCAGGAUUCCCAACUCUCUGUUUCCUGUCCUCCCCUCCCAGCGCCCGGCACCUGCGGAAGCAGCAAGAUGGCGGACGCUGGCUGUCUGGGUGAAGCAGGGACUGCUGCAGCAUCUCAUCUCACACCUACUUCAGGCCUGAGCCCACCGCUAGGCUGGAGAGAGCGGCUGCGGGCCGGACUGGCGGGGACUGGGGCCUCGCUCUGGGUCGUGGCGGGGCUGGGUCUGCUUUACGCUCUGAGAGUCCCGCUGAGGCUGUGUGAGAACUUGGCAGCGGUGACAGUAUUUUUAAAUUCCUUGACACCGAAAUUCUAUGUGGCACUUACAGGGACAUCAUCUUUGAUAUCAGGACUAAUAUUUAUAUUUGAAUGGUGGUAUUUCCAUAAACAUGGCACAUCAUUCAUUGAGCAAGUAUCUGUAAGCCACUUGCGACCACUGAUGGGAGGAACAGAGAGCAGCAUUUCAGAGCCAGGCUCGCCUUCCAGCAACAGAGAAAGUGAACCCAGCAGACAGAAUUUGUCAGAAUGCAAGGUGUGGAGAAAUCCUCUAAACCUUUUCAGAGGAGCAGAAUAUAGGAGAUACACUUGGGUGACUGGUAAAGAGCCACUUACGUACUAUGACAUGAACUUGUCAGCUCAGGACCAUCAGACAUUUUUCACCUGUGACACUGACAUUUUACGCCCUUCAGACACAGUUAUGCAGAAGGCGUGGAGGGAAAGAAAUCCUCCAGCUCGAAUCAAAGCAGCCUAUCAAGCUUUAGAAUUAAACAAUGACUGUGCCACUGCAUAUGUUCUACUGGCUGAGGAAGAAGCAACAACUAUUGCUGAUGCUGAGAGGCUGUUUAAACAGGCACUGAAGGCAGGAGAAACAAUGUAUAGGCGGUCACAGCAGUGUCAGCACCAAAGUCCUCAGCAUGAAGCACAACUGAGAAGAGAUGCUAAUGUCCUAGUAUAUACUAAAAGAAGAUUGGCAAUGUGUGCAAGAAAAUUAGGAAGACUAAGAGAAGCAGUAAAAAUAAUGAGAGAUUUGAUAAAAGAAUUUCCUCCUCUUACCAUGUUGAACAUCCAUGAGAAUCUCCUAGAAUCACUUUUAGAACUACAAGCCUAUGCAGAUGUUCAGGCAGUUCUAGCAAAAUAUGAUGAUAUAAGCCUUCCAAAGUCAGCCGCUAUAUGUUAUACAGCAGCACUGUUGAAGACAAGGACUGUUUCAGAUAAAUUUUCUCCAGAAACAGCCUCUAGAAGAGGGUUAAGCACAGCAGAAAUUAAUGCCGUGGAAGCAAUUCACAGAGCUGUGGAAUUUAACCCUCACGUUCCAAAAUAUUUGCUAGAGAUGAAAAGUCUGAUUUUACCUCCAGAACACAUUCUGAAACGGGGCGAUAGUGAAGCAAUUGCCUAUGCUUUCUACCAUCUUCAGCACUGGAAGCGAAUAGAAGGUGCUCUUAAUCUGUUACAGUGUACCUGGGAAGGCACUUUUAGAAUGAUUCCCUACCCUUUAGAGAAAGGCCAUCUAUUUUACCCCUACCCCAGCUGCACAGAGACUGCUGAUAGAGAACUGUUACCCACUUUUCAUCAUGUUUCUGUUUACCCAAAGAAAGAGCUUCCUUUUUUCAUCCAUUUUACAGCAGGACUGUGUUCUUCUACAGCAAUGUUAGCCCUCCUCACACACCAGUUUCCUGAAAUCAUGGGUGUUUUUGCUAAAGCUGUAAGUAUGAUCUCAAGGACUUGUAUAGAAUAUUUGUAAGGCACACAAGAAGCCGUCUAUGAUCUGUCUUUGCUAAACCAGUUGGGUGGCAGAAUAUAUCUGUUAACUAAAUCACAGGAAUUGUUUUGUAAAGUUGCUGCCAUAAAUAUUUCAAACAUAA